UUCGGGACUGUCAACUGCAAGACGUGUACUGUCAACUUAUUCCAUCAAAACAAAGAUAAAGUUUAAUGUUCACCUUGCAAAUAUACACACAGUCGAAUAAUAGUUAUCGAAAUAAGUCUUACAAACCAGCAAGAUAAGAAAGAACGAAAAUGCCUACGGUAAUUUUGCUUGAUGUUUCGUUGUCCAUGACAAGGCCCGUCCAACUUGCAGACGGCACAGAGACGACUCGGAAAAAUUUGGCUAUUGCCGGUAUUUCCGCUUUUCUGGACAAUUUAAGCGUACAUUCAAAGCUCGAAUUUAUUGCAUUGAUGGCAUUUUCCUCUUUGUACGAAGAAAGAUGCCCGUUUACCCGAGAUUACGGUAUAAUUAAAGCAGAAUUGAAAAAUAUCGACGACUAUGACAAGACGUGUUUAGAGACGGCGCUUCACGGUGUAAGCCAAAUGGUUUUGGGAGAAUGGGGAAAUAAUAUCGCGUGUCAGAUCGUCCUUGUUACUGACGGCAGUACCGGCAUUGGAUCGAUGUCCCUCAAAGACUUGUUGGCCGGUGUAAAUCAAAGGAGUUCCAGUAUGCCGUUUCCUAUACCAUUCGCCUUUCCUACCAAGUUGCACGUCGUUUGUAUCGCAGCAGCCAACGAACCCAGUGUUAUAAAAUCUAAGCCGCUCUAUCAAAGACUAAUUGACUUGAGUGGUUAUGACGGUUCGAUAUCGAUACCCGAAAACCUUCAGACCGAGAGUAACGUCACUGGGCUGUUUCAAAAAUUGGCCGAAGAUAUGUACACGUCUUUCAAAGGUAUCCUGAAAUGUGGAAAUCUCGAGUCAAAAAUCAUCCUCUCCCCAGCUCCACUAGCGUACACUAAAAUAACAGACUUCAGCAGUCGAACAUACGAUAUUUCCGAUUUAAUCGAAGUGUGCGGCUUCAUAUCCGUCGCUGACGUCGGAUCUCCGAUGGCCGUCAGCAGACACCUCAUACUUCCGGCCAAUCCGGUCCAGAAACAAGAUGGCGCAGCUGCCGAAAUCGAUUUGACAGACGACGGUGUCACAGAAGAGGGAAGCUUGCCCUCGUUUUGCGUGCUACUGCACGGAGCCUUGAAGGUGGAAAACAUGACCGCGCUCGUCUCGUUGGGGGAAAAUUGGUUCGGGUUCGUCUACUCUUGGGCCGAUUCCAAGAAGAAAUCGAAUCUGAUGCUGACGGUGCUGACUCCCGGGUCCGACGUGGUGCCUUGGUUGGGCGACCUGAAUGAAUUGGGCACCGGAGAACUGUUCCCCCACGAUCAGGUCGGUAGUUUUCCGAUAAGGCCGAACGAGAAGAGAAGCUAUUCUCAGAACGGGGUGGUCUGGAUCAGGCAAGCGGGGCUGCAGUCCGACAUACAGAAGAUAUUGAGGCACGCGCGGAAAUUGCCCGAGAAAACUCAACAGUUUUACAAGGAACUCAAUCGGCUGAGGAAAGCGGCGAUUUCGCUCGGAUUCCUGGACUUGUUGAACGGUUUGGCUUACAUAUUCGAGCAGGAGUGUAUGCAGUUACCGGGUUCUGCGCAUCCCGACUGCGCGUUGCAGCUUCAACACGCUGCCGACGUUUUGAGGAAGACGCAAAACCGCGACAUGAAGUUUGUGAUACUGCCCUUGCAGACCAAUUACAAUUCGACGUAAUCUUCAAAUAAUCGAUCUUAUAAUAAAACGCGCGGCACUCACUUGACAGAACGAGGCAAAACUAUUGUUCGUCAAGUGAUUCUGGAACGAUGUCGUAGAGUCUGCGUUUUAACUAAGCUACACUCCAACCGACCCCGUGUUGCAAGUUGGAGAGGGAAACCGAGUCUGAUUUUCCAGCUGCCAACUUUGUUCUUUCCGGAUUUAAGCAACAAUAUAUUUAUAUUUUUGA